AUGAAAUAGUCUUAAUCAUAUAUAAAAACAGAAAAAAAGUGUGAGAGACUACAUGAAGAGGGAUCCAACAGAUUGAUAGCCAUUUGCUUAAACCCUCACUGCGAUAAAAGGUUAAUGUGUUGCUUCUGCUAUAAUGAUUAUCAUUGUGAACAUGUAAAGGAUGCGAAGACAAUAUCAUAAGUCCAAUAAUUGUGUAAGGAUUCCAUUUCUAAAUUUGACAAAUUGCAACUAACCAUAAUCCUAUAGCAGAAAGCAGAUUAGUUUAAGUCGGUAGUGCAGAAUAUCAACGAACAAUUGGAGAAAUUGCUUUAAUAUUACAUUCACGACAUACAAUAAUUGUACUCCAUGUUGGAGGAUUUAGCAGAUAGUUUUGUGAUCUUGCAGUAAGGCAAUAUCAAUUAAUUUACAAAUGAACAAUGCUAAUUAUUAGCAACAUUUCAUGAUGAGAGAAUCCUAGACAAUAUUGAAGAUAUAACUAAUUUUAUUGGAUAGAGAAUGGGAAUAUAGGAGUUGUUAAAAAUUAGCGAAGAUUUGGAUGAUAAAAUUAAGUUACUGGAUGUCAAUGACAUACUGGAAAAGAAUAUUUAGAAUGAGUAAUUGAAGUAGUUUGUGCAAACUCAUGAAAUUAAAUAUGACUGGAUUUAGCCACAAUUUUUAUUGACUCGAAGUCCAGAGGUAACUAAGAUAGUGUAUCCAAAUGAAGAUUUCUAUAUUGGGGAGGUCAAAAGAGACAAGAAGUUUGGAAGAGGUAAGAAAUGUUAUUACUUUGAUAGGAUUGUUGUUUAAUAAGGUAGCUUAGACAUAUUAUUACGGUGUUUUUAGUGAGGACAAUUUUGUGUGGGGUCAACAAUUGCUGGUGGAUUAGAAAAAGCGUUACUGGAUUAAAUAGGGGAAAUGGGUGGAUGGGAAGAUUGAAGGCAGAGGGAUUCAUGCUCAAUUCAAAGGAGAAUACUAUCAGGGAGAUCUAAAGAAUGAUAUUAGAGAAGGGUUUGGAAUCAUGAGGUAUACCACAGGAGACGAAUAUUAAGGACAAUGGAAAAUGGGACAAUUUCAUGGAAAGGGAUUGUAUAAGUAUGCAACUGGGGAUGAGUAUGAAGGAGAUUUUGUGCAGGAUAGGAAGGAAGGUAUUGGAUCGUUUUAAUACAAAAAUGGGGAAUUGUAUGUUGGUUAAUUUAAAUCUGGUUUGAGACAUGGAAGUGCCAUAGUGAAAUUUCCCAAUGGCGAGAUGUAUUGAGUGAUAAUUUAGUUAGCUUUACAGGAGAGUACAUGAAUGAUAAAAAGGAAGGGCCAGGAGUAUAUAAAUACAUUAAUGACAACAUUUUUGAAGGGACUUACAAGGAUGGACAAAGACAUGGGUAGGGGAUCUACACUAAUGUUGAGAAUGGGUUGAGAGAGAUUGGUGAGUAUGUUCAAGGGAAGCAACAUGGGGAACAUAUGGUUUUCAAAUUGUUGAGGGAUAAGCCAUAUUGUAUAAAUGUUUAUGACAAUGGAAAAUUAGUUAAUAAAAAAUCAUUAUGA